UACCUGGAUAAGUCAAGUAGCUAGCAACAGGGAACACUUGCUGAAAGUAAUUCUGCACUAACAACGGUGGAUUUGGCUUACUUUGUGUAGCCUGAGAUCAAGUCUAAAAAUACUGUUUUUGACAUGUGAAAUAAUAUUUAUCAGAUAUCAGCUAUUUAUACUUACGUGCAACCUUCAACACGGACGCCGCCAUAUUUUCGAAAAUUCGUGCAACGUAGGAUAGCGAAUCGCUUUGAAUGUCAAGACAAUGGGAUAGAGCACACUUAUAUUGCUUUUCAAUUAAAAACCGUACAUUGCACUUGUAAAUACAGUUAUUUGAGAUAUUAAUGUUGUCUAUCCAGCUUGCUAAAUCUUAACCUGACCUGCUAUCCGGAUCUUUGUAGCACAACAGAGAUUGUUUCCGGGGGGAGCAUAUCUUGUUGUUACACACAUGUUCACAUGUGAGGAAAAACGAUGGCUACCGUGGAUAUAGGUAACACGUUGGAGUGUUGUUUAAAGCUACUAAACAUAAAAACUGCACAUCCAGAACAUUUUCUUAGUCUUCAGGGUGCCGUGGCAACAGACUUCACUUAUCUCACUAAGACCCUGUAUGAUUUACACAAAACCCACGAGCCAGCAGGCUCAAAGGGAAGCCCUCUGGACCAGCUGGUGGUUGAGAACUUUGACGAGGAACAGAUAUGGCAGGAGCUGGAGCUCCAGAAUACUGCAGUGCUGAAGCACUUUGAGACAGCAGUGAGUCAGGCUGCCUUGGAUACAGCUCUGAGUAUCCUGUUUGAUGAAGAGGAUGCUGAUGAGGAGCCAGAUGAAGGGGUUGACCAAGAUGGUGAAGACUUAGAAGAGGAGACGAGAGAUGGGGAUUUGGAAGAUGAUGGGCAAGGAGAAGAACCACACAUGCUUAAAACUGCUAUGGAUGCCUUGAGAGGGGAUAACACAGACGAGGACUCUGAUGUAGAUUUUGAUGUGGACGCAUUAGAAAAACAAGCUAAACAGAAGAAAUGCUCAGCGGCGAGAGAGUCAAAACCACUGGGUCCUCCAUCAGAGGUUGAUGACAGGUUCUUCAAGCUCUCAGAGAUGGAGUCCUUUCUGGACGAUAUGGACAGAAGGGAGGGGAAGGAGGGGGACGGUGAUGUAGACUACUUCCAGGACUUGCCCUCUGGAGAUGAUGAUGACGUAGGCCUCUUCAGUGAAGAUGUUUCUUCCAAAAAAACAAAAAAAACAAGCACCCUGAAAAGUUCCAGGAAUCUGAAGUACAAAGACUUCUUUGAUGCUGUGGAUGAUGAUCCUGCACAAACAGCUGACCAAUCAGACGCAGAGGAUGAGGACAACAGUAUAGAUGGGAUGCAAGAUGAGGAUGAUGAUGAAGAAGAAGAAAAAGAAAAUGAGGACUUCGUUGAGGAUGAAGAGUGCAGACAAGCCAAGGAGGCUUUGAAACGGGUGACCUUUAACCUACCUGGAGAAAGUGAUGCCAGUGAGGGAGAAGACAUGGCGGACAUCUUUGGAGGAAAGUCUCAAAAUACAACAGAACCUGAAUCCAAAUCAUCCUUUGAGAAACGACAAGACAAGAUGGCUGAAAAGAUCCAGGAUUUGGAAAAGGCUGCCAUGGGAGAGAAGCCAUGGCAACUAACAGGAGAGGUGUCUGCUCAGGCUCGCCCAGAGAACAGCCUUCUUGAGGUGGAUGUGGCAUUUGACUCGGCCUCCAGGAUGGGUACAUACCACAUGUUGUCAGUCUGUUUUAGUUUAGCUUUCAGUCCCGUUGGAAAUGGUUUAGUAUUUUACUUACUGCAAGUUUGUGUGCCAGAGAGGGUGCUUGUUCAGUCAGGUAACAUUUUGCUCUGUUUUCUCUCAGCCCCUGCUGUAACAGAGGAAACCACUUUGCAGCUGGAGGACAUAAUCAAGCAGAGGAUUAAAGACCAGGCGUGGGAUGAUGUGGUGCGCAAGGAGAAGCCUAAGGAAGAGGUAUUUGAGUACAAGAAGAGGCUGACUCUGGACCAUGAGAAAAGCAAGCUGAGCCUUGCAGAGGUUUAUGAGCAAGAGUACCUCAAGCAGAAUCAGCAGAAGACAGAGGAUGAAGAAAACCCAGCCCAUGUAGAAAUUCAAAAGCUCAUGGAUUCUCUAUUCCUUAAACUUGAUGCUCUCUCUAACUUCCACUUCACACCCAAACCGCCUGUUCCCGAAGUGAAAGUUGUCUCCAAUUUGCCUUCUAUUGCUAUGGAGGAAGUUGCGCCAGUCAGUGCUAGUAGUGGCUCUCUAUUGGCUCCAGAGGAAGUCAAGGAGAAGAACAAGGCUGGCGACGUGCUGGGUGACUCUGAAAAGACCUCCACAGACAAGAAACGAGAGAGACGCAAGAAGAAGAAGGUGAAGCGCGUCAAGAUCCACGAGAAGGAGAAGAAACAGAAACUGAAGGAGGCUAACAGAACUGGAGAGAAUAAGAAACCAUCAAAGGCAGAGGUGGCAGAAAACCUCAAGAAACUCACAAAGGGAGGCAAAGCAACAUUAUUAAAGGAUGAGGGGAAGGAUAAAGCUCUCCGCUCCUCCUCCGCCUUCUUCUCCCAACUACAAGACCAAGUGAAGAGCCAGAUCAAAGGAGCCAAGGACCCGGGCUCCAAGAAGAAGAAACACAAAGAAGUCUCAGCCAGCAAACUCAAAUUGUAACAUUUAGAUUGUUAUGAUGUAUGUGUUAUGGUAAUGCGUAUUUCUUUGUACAGAUUUUUAAAGCGAACGCUGCAAUUUAUGUUAACCAGUGCUCUCGCAAGUUUGUAAUUUGCAAUAAAAAUUUAAGAAGCUAAACUUC